AUGACCAUCGAUGAGUUCUUCGACUUCAACUCCACCGAAUACGUCGCGAAGCUACAAGCCCUGUCCGACCCCCAACUCCAACACCAAGAAAUCUACAACUGCCGCAGCCGCCACGGCGGCGCAUACUCCAGCGUCCGCGGCGUUAUGACCGCCGGCCUGACUUUCGGCGUCAGUCUCGUGGCUGUCCCUAUCGGUCUUCGACGCCGUGAAGUCGCCACCCUCCGACUCGCGCUAAUCCAGGCUGCCUAUACAUCAGGAGACUAG